AUGGCUUAAUUCAUCGAAAAUUAUAUACAAUCUAAAAUUAAAGGCAAGCAGCAUAAUAAGAAGCAGCUCUCCCUAAAGAACCUAGAAAUUCAACUAGAUUUUGACUAAGAUUUAUAUGCCUAAUCAGAUAGACUGCAUCAUCAGAGAAACCAUGGAAAUCCUGAAUUCUCACAGUAAUUUAAAAAGCUAUCAAAACCUCCCUCAUCUACUAAAAACUUCUCUUAAAACAAUUAGUUUUUCGGAAAAAGCACAACUUAGAGGAAUCUCGAUAGUCAACUGACUUCGACUAUGUCUAAUGGGGGACCAAGGAGUCCAAGGCUUGUUGGCACUACGUAAAAUCUCCAGAUGAUACCAGUCUUUGAAUGGUACUUUUACCCCGAAUGCGCUCUCAAGAAUAAUCAAGUUCUCAAGCAAAUGAAGACCAAUCAAAACAUUAGGUUCGAGGGCUUUGAUAUUUUAGAUACUUAGAGUAAUUAGCAACUAGAGUCUGAUGAGAGCAUAAGUGAGGACUAAUUUAUGGAUGAUUAGUCGGAAGAAGAAAAGUCCAUGCGACACUAUGCUGAUGACUACUAUCAUGUUAAUUCGGGUGCAAAUACUCCUAGAACAGAAUAUCACUUGCUGAAUGCUUUAGCUACUCCUUAAUAGAGGAAGAAUGCAACACCGAAAACAAUCUUUACAGGCUAAGCUCCAUUAACUCCAAGGUCAAAUGGAGAAUCUAAUAAGAAGUAUAGGCUAAAAGAGACAAGAGAUUCGCUCUAGCAAUUUAAUGACACCGAAUUAUGUAAGACACUAGGAGUAAUGAUGCAAGAAAAUCAGAUGCCUUUCAAAUAUAAAACAGUUGGAUAUCUUAAAAAGAUUUUAUCUUGUCCAGAUAUUGAAGAGAUGGCAAAAGACUUCAGGUAGAGAGAGCAUAAAAACAAGAGUUGGCAGCACACUGAGUAAAUCAAUAAGGAUCUAUCAAGGACUAAAAUUCUAAAUGACAACAUUAAGCUGCAUAAUGAUGUACACAGGGUUAUUGAAUUCUAUUGCUAAUAGAAAAAUGUAUCAUAUUGCCAGGGCAUUCUAGAGGUGCUUCUACCUUUCUUACUGUUGAAAUAGCAAGGCCCUAUGGAGUUUGAGAACCAAUUUUUGCAAACUUAAAAUGGAGAUUUCAUGAAUAACUUUGAUUUGUCUUAUGUUUACGCUUACUUUAGAAGAUUCGUCCAGCUGUACACUCCUAAUACUUUGCAUGCUAAAUUCAAUGGAAGAGGUAAUAGUUUGCCCUAUCUAAAGUGUUCUUUAUUUCUUGUGGAAUAACUUCUUUAAUAUCAUGAUAAGGAACUGUACCUUCAUUUGAAGCAUUACAAAAUAUUUUUUGAAAUGUUUGCUACAUCGUGGCUGAUAACGUUAUUCACCAGAUUAGUCGAUUUCGGUCUGAUAUAUGAAGUCUGGGAAAUAUUCCUAUUUGAAAGAGACAGAUUCUUGAUAUUUUAUAUGACUGUUGCCUUCUUAAAGAUUUUUAGAUACCAAAUUCUUAAGCUUACGCAAUUCGAAAAGAUUUUGAAGUUUUUAACAUCUGAUAUUAAGAUCCAUGAUUUCGACUAAUUAUACAAUCUUUACAUGGAAUGUAUCACAAUUAGAUCAUACACACCUCUCUCAUUUUAAAUAAUGGUAUCAAAGCUUGGUCUAUUCGAUUCUGACUCAAUUAUAUCUAAUGAGGAACUUGAGAUUAUGGAGUCGUUUAAAAUCAGGUAGCAUCUAAACAUUUUACCAAAAGAAAUUACAAAUGGAGCAUAACUGUUCCAGAAUUCAACGAAUAACAAUAAAUAUUUGAAUUUGAUGGUGCUAUCAGAAAAUGAAUAGGCAGUUUAUUUAUGCACCCAAGAUAGCAUGACAAACGAGCAAGCUUAAAAGAAAUUGCAGGAUCCGAUCUAAAGGAUCAAUGAACUCAAGCUAUCUUGUGCAAAUGAGAUCAAAGUGGGUGCUAAUGUAAAAUAUCUCUUACUAGAUCUUAGAAUAAGCAAGAAACCAAAACUAGAUCAGAUAUUUGGAGCCAAAGUUCCCUAUAGAGAAAUAAAUAUCGAGUCAAUUAAGGAUAGUAUGAUAAACAUCCUAAAUCUUAAUGGAAUAAAUCAGUAUCAUUUAGUGCUCGUCAUGAACAACUCUAACAUUAUUGAGCAAGGUAACUCCAAGUAACAGCCAUUAUCUAAAGAAUAAAAUAUUGAUCUAGUAAUAUACAAAAAAGUAAUGGAAAAUCUAAAAAAGAGAAACCAUGUAAGUGUAUUAGAGAAUGGAAUCAGAGAUCUUAUAAAAUGA